AUGUCUACCAAGGGGGAAAGGGGUAAAGCCACGGACUUCAGCAUCGCGGCCAUCAUGGCGCCCAGGGGCUCGACGUUUCGGCAUUACCACCUGCAGGGACUUGGUAAUGCAUCCGGCAAUAAUGGGGAAUGCAACAACAAGGGAUUCGUCGCAUCGCCGAGUCUCGAUAAUCGUGUUGCAAGAUCAUCGCCAGUCAAUAUCGUCGCAACCGCAACAGUAGUUACCGGUGAUGCACUUCUCGACGACGAUGAUGAUGAUGAGGUUGACGAGGGUGUGGGCGAGGCUGAGAGCGAGGGUACAGAGAAAUCAGCCAAUGGCGAUGAUGAGGAGGUGGACGUUGAUGUUGAAGAAUGCAGUAGUUUGGAUGAUGGUCCACUUGGUUUGUCCGAUGGCCUCACAAACCGCAAGUUCAAUGGUAGUAAUUCAGCGAGUAGAAAGGUACCUCAGCAUAGGCGAACAACUUGUAAUUCCGAGGAGCUUAAGAAUGUUGACUGUCACUUGGAGACUAAGGAACUGUGGGAUAAGUUCAAUGAACUUGGCACUGAGAUGAUCAUCACUAAAACCGGCAGGCGAAUGUUCCCGACCUGCCGGGUGUCGUUCAAUGAACUGAGGCCCGAGGGAAGGUACUCGGUUCUCAUGGAUAUUGUUCCAGUUGAUGAUAAACGGUACAGGUAUGCAUAUCACAGGAGUUCUUGGCUUGUUGCGGGGAAAGCUGACCCACCAGCACCAGCCAGACUCUAUGAACAUCCCGAUUCACCGUUCACGGGGGAACAGUUGAGGAAGCAGGUUGUGUCUUUUGAGAAAGUCAAGCUGACUAAUAACGAAAUGGAUAAACAUGGACAGAUUGUAUUAAAUUCAAUGCAUCGAUAUCAGCCGAGAAUACACUUGGUGAGGUUGCGUGGCAAGGACGAGGAAAAGGGGCACAAAAUAACGGAUUUAACUAAAGAAGAGCACAAGACUUUCAUCUUCCCCGAGGCUAUUUUCACCGCAGUCACUGCCUAUCAAAAUCAAUUGAUUACUAAAUUGAAAAUCGACAGCAAUCCGUUCGCCAAGGGCUUCAGGGACUCCUCGAGACUGACUGAUUACGAUAGGGAUCCGAUGGAGCUGAUGGAGCAGCAAUUGGUGCGAUGUGGUGUGCCACCAGUGAGACUCUAUGAGCAUCUGGCAUUGACCUCACCAGCGGCCGCUGCUGCAAUCAAUGCCCAACAGCAGCAGCAACAGGGACCAUCGGAGAAUCAACAGCAUCCGCUGUCACCGGCGUGGCUGCAGCCAUCAACAUUACUCUACGGCAGCAGGGGCGGCACACCGUCACCCUAUCCAGCUCACUCCUUCCCCUACCCCGCCCUCUCGUGGUCCUGGCAACCACCGGUCGCUAUGAUCUCUCGGCGUUCUUCUUCCACGUCCGCUGGGGUUAGGUACACUCCCUAUCCAACGGCUAUGUCUACGUCACCACCGCUUCGCGCACGCCCGGCCACCCCCAAUUAG